AUGUCCACCCCCUCCCAACGCCUAACCGGCAAAACCAUCCUGAUAACGGGCGCCUCGUCCGGAAUCGGGCGCUCCACAGCCCUCGAAUUCGCACGAACAUCCCCCUCGAACCUCAAACUCAUCCUGACCGCGCGCCGCAUUGACAGACUGCAAGCGCUCGCCGCCGAGAUUACCAAAGAGGCACCGGGCGUCAAAGUCCACCCGGUGCAGCUCGACGUGAGUAACGCGGAUGAAGUUCGUAGGUUUGUUGCCGCGUUGCCCGAGCAGUUUAGGGAGGUUGAUGUUUUGGUUAAUAAUGCCGGCCUGGUAAAAGGCGUCGCGCGCGCGCCCGAAAUCGCCGAAGAAGACAUAAACAUCAUGUUCGCAACAAACGUGACAGGCCUCAUCAACAUGACACAAGCGAUUUUGCCUUCCAUGCUCGCGCGCAACAACGGCCAAGGUGCUGGGGACAUCAUCAACAUCGGUUCCAUCGCCGGCCGCGAACCCUACGUCGGCGGCGGGAUCUACUGCGCGACCAAGGCGGCCGUGCGCUCGUUCUCGGAGUCGCUGCGGAAAGAGCUUAUUGCGACUAGGGUUCGAGUGGUUACCAUUGAUCCAGGGCAGGUCGAGACUGAGUUUUCGGUGGUGAGGUUUGGCGGGGAUAAAGCGAAGGCGGAUGCGGUUUAUGCAGGAUGCGAACCGUUGACACCCGAGGACGUCGCAGAGGUGAUUGUGUUUGCGGCGGGGAGGAGGGAGAAUGUGGUUGUUGCAGACACCCUCUUGUUUCCGAAUCAUCAGGCUAGUGCUACUAUCAUGCACCGGAGGGGUGUGUAG